GGUGAGAGCAGCUCUCGACGUGCUACUCGUCUGCUCGGCGCCGGAAUCUUGUCGUCUCUCCGCCACAAUCUUCCCCUCUGAGGCUACCGCAACCAUGUCCGUCGAAAACGAGAAAGAAGGGUCGCUCACCGUCAGGAAGGCCCCAGAGUCCGUUUCGUCAGACUUUGAAGGGGAAGCAGGUCAAAAUGUCCUCCGCCGAAAGAUGAAAAACCGACAUAUUGCCAUGAUCAGCAUUGGAGGCAUCAUUGGCACUGGUCUAUUCCUCGGCACGGCAAGUGCGUUGCAAAGUGGUGGGCCUGUCGGCAUGCUGCUUGGAUACAUUGUCGUCGGGUCUUUAUGCUACACAGUCAUGGUUUCUCUGGGAGAGAUGGCAGCGUUCCUGCCUGUACCUGGAGGACACCUCACAUUCGCGGAACGAUUCGUGGACCCGGCCCUGUCAUUCUCUCUGGGCUGGCUAUACUGGUACAACUGGACGAUUAUCCUCCCGGCGGAGCUAAGCGCUGCAUCUGUCGUAAUCAGUUACUGGAACAAGACAGUGAAUCCUGCCGUCUGGAUUACGAUGUGCCUCAUAGUCGUGCUAUUGAUCAACGUCUUCGGCGUCGGUGUAUACGGGGAGGCCGAGUUCAUCUUCGCAUCCAUAAAGGUCAUCACCAUCACUGGGUUGAUCAUCCUCGGUAUUGUCCUCGACUUGGGUGGUGGCCCCAGUCACGACCGCAUUGGCUUCCGGUACUGGAGAAAUCCUGGGCCGUUCGUGCAGUUCGAUGGCAUUUCGGGGAUCAAAGGACAGUCCCUUGGAUUCGUUGCUGUCAUGUUGCAAGCAGCGUUCUCGUUCAUAGGAACGGAGGUCGUGGCGAUCGCUGGGGCAGAGGUCAAGAACCCACUGAGAAGCAUUCCAAAAGCCAUUCGCAAUGUCUACAUCAGGCUGCUCUUGUUCUAUGUCGGCGGUGUUGCUAUCAUCGGCCUAUUGGUUCCAUCAACCGACGAGAGGCUGAACAUCGCCGACGGAACAGCGGCCGCUUCACCAUUUGUAAUUGCCAUAAACAACGCUGGAAUCAAGGUUCUUCCCUCAAUUAUCAACGCGGUCAUCCUCACGUCGGCAUGGUCUGCAGGAAACAGUCAGCUAUACGUCAGUUCCCGUGCACUCUACGGUCUGGCGUUGAACGGCAAUGCCCCAAAAAUCUUCUUGAAGGUUACUCAUUACGGCCUACCGUGGGUAGCAUUGUGUACGUCCGCCUCCUUCGCUUUGCUGGCGUACAUGGGUAUCCAAAGCGGUAGUGGGAAGGUUUUCGGCUGGUUUGCGAACAUGUGCGCUGUGGCAGGCCUCUCCAGUUGGCUCGGAAUUGCGAUCACCUAUCUGCGAUUUUACCGCGGUCUUCUGGUUCGAGGCAUUGACCGGAAGAGACUACCCUACCGCUCGCCUUUCCAACCGUUUACCGCAUGGUACGCUGCCGUCGGUUGUGCUGUGGUCAUCUUAUUCAGUGGAUGGUCUGUCUUUCUCAAGGGACAUUGGCGCACCGACACGUUUGUGACAAACUACUUCCCAAUUGCUGCGUUCUGCGUGCUAUAUGCCGGCGCAAAGCUGUGGACGCGCAUACCCUUCAUGCCGUAUGCCGAGAUGGACUUCAAGUCAGGGCUUCAAGAAGUAUUGGACGCGUCCUACGAAGAGCCCAAACCACGCAAUUGGAUCGAGCGCUUCUGGCAAUGGCUAAAGCGGCGCACAAUGACGCAGACGUGA